CUUGUGAUCCUCCUCCCAGAGUCUCCCAGAGUAUCGGGAUUGCAGGUGUGUGCCACCCUCCCUCUACGGAUAUUACACUAAAAGUACUCUCGCACACGGGGCGAGGAGCAAUUUUAGAAGAUAAAUGGAAUAUUAUUCCAAGAUACCAAAACACAUACACAGUGAAAGGAGGAAAGUGGAGCCAAUGUAAGGCACAAUGCACAAACUUCGGAAUCUCUAGCUGUCCCACGGGGGAAUGUGAUUUGUUCAUUAAACAUAACUAAGGAAUACAGGCAACAUGUUCUACACCCAUGUGGUUAUGAGUAGGCGAGAGCCACUGGCCAAAAUAUGGCUUGCAGCCCACUGGGAGAAGAAACUCACAAAGGCCCAUGUAUUUGAAUGUAAUCUAGAGAUAACUAUUGAAAAAAUUAUUUCACCUAAGGUAAAAAUUGCACUUCGAACUUCAGGACACCUUCUUUUGGGAGUUGUUCGAAUCUAUGAUAGGAAGGCAAAAUAUCUUUUGGCAGAUUGCAGUGAAGCAUUUCUUAAAAUGAAGAUGACAUUCCGCCCAGGACUGGUUGACCUCCCAAAAGAGAGUUUUGAAGCAGCUUACAAUGCUAUUACAUUACCAGAAGAGUUUCAUGAUUUUGACACCCAUAAUAUAAAUAUGAUUGACAUUUCAGAGCACUUCACUCAGAACCAAAGCAGACCUGAAGAAAUUACACUUAGAGAAGAGUAUGGCAAUGAUCUACUUUUCCAAACCAAGAGCUUUGGGGAAGAAUCUGAAAUUCUCCGAAGACAUAGUUUGUUUGAUGACAACAUAUUAUUGAACUCCAGGGGUCAUUUUAUUGAACAUAGUCCUGGAAAUCUUAUUGAAGAAAAAUCUUUGUUCUAUGACAGUGGAGAUGGAUUUGGAGAUGAAGGAGCUGCAGGAGAAAUGAUUGACAAUCUAUUGCAAGAUGAUGAGAAUAUCCUGUUGGAAGAUAUGCAUUUAAACAGAGAAAUUUCCCUGCCUCCUGAUCCUCCUAGUACAAUAGUAGAACCAGAUAAUCCAGAUGGCAUAUGUCUACCUGAAAAUGAAAAACUGGAUGAAGCAACAUUAUUAUCAAAUGAAGAAGGAAUAUUUGCUCUUGAACCAACUGAUGUUUCAGACCUUGCUGAGAAAAGGAAAAGCAAAAAGAGGAGAUUGCUUAUAGAUCCAAUCAAGGAGAUCAGUAGCAAAACUAUGCAUAAACAGCUGACUUCCUUUUCGGACACACUCAUGGUUUUAGAACUUGCACCUCCUACCCAAAGAUUAAUGAUGUGGAAGAAGAGGGGAGGAGUGGAUACACUUCUGUCAACUGCUGCCCAGGAUUUGAUUCAUAGUGAACUGAAAGUGUUGUUUACAAAAUGCUUUCUGGCCUCUGGCUUUAAACUUGGAAGAAAAUUGACGCAGAAGAAGUCAGUAAGGGAAGGACUGGGAAGACAAAAUGUAGUAGAGAUCUCCAUGAUGGAAGAGCCAAAUUCCCACCAAGAGUUAAGUCACCCCCACAUUUGGAAGGAUGUGAUUGAUGAGUUUAAGAGUAGCUCUAAUGAGGAUAUCAGUAAAAAUAGUAACUCUGAGCAGGAUAUUAUUGAAAUGAUCCCUCAAGCUGCUGAGAAAUCAUCUAUAAAGAAUGCUUUCUUGGCCCAAGAAUAUUGUCCAGUGGAAUUGGAGUCAUCAGAGAAUGAACAAAACAGUGAAGCUGAGAGAUGGAAUCAAAGAUUAUUUCAGAUGUUAAAUCGUUUACGGGAAUCUAACAAGAUGGGGAUGCAGUCCUUUAGUCUGAAGAACCUUUGCAGAAAUAGUGACCGAAAACAAGCUGCUACCAAAUUUUGUAGCUUUCUUAUCCUAAAAAAACAGCAGGUUAUUGAGCUGAGUCAAAGUACUCCCUAUGCAGAUAUUAUAGCUACAGUAGGACCAAUGUUCCAUACAAUGUGAAGGAAAUACAGAACACGCAGUUUUAUGCCAUCACAGACAUUUCUGUAUAGAUUGUUCAAUUUAACGCAGAAGCCUUCUGAGAACAUCUGAAGGACUGAUCUGUUUCACAGAUAGGCUGACCUCCUGUCUUUUUCUAAGUUCAGAAUAAUCAUAGACAGAAUUGGAAACUUAUCUGCUUACAGAAAUAUUAAUUAUAGCAAGGUAAUUUUUAAAACUUAGCUGAUUUGAAUGUAUAGCAUAAUUUCCUGGUUUGAAUGUAGUAUUUAGGGUACAUUUAGGAUAUAUUUUGAAAACAUUAUAUGCCUUCAAGACACAUUCAAGGAUUUUUUUUUUUUGGUUCUGGGGAUUGAACUUGGGUCCCUGCGCUUGCGCAGCAGGUGGCAAAACCACUGAGCUAAAUCCCCGACCCUCAAGGAUGUUUUUUAAAAAUGCUAUUUUGUACUAGAUUGUUUAUUCAAAUUUUAUGGGGCUAAUGAAUAUUAAUGCUCAUUUCUUGGCAGACAAUAAUUUAUUUGAUUCUAAUGUCUAUCAUCUUUGAUAUGAUCUAGUGUCAUGGUUUUUCAUCUAAUAUCUUAAUUGAAGAAUUACAAAAUUAAUCUUUGUUUUAAGUCACCUGCCUGGCUUUUAGCUUGUUCAUAGGUCAUUUAACUUUUUUAUUUACUAUUUAAUGAUUAUUAUAAUCACCAUUAAUCCCUCAACAAACCUAAAUUUACUUCUUACAUUUAAAACAUUAGUAGACACUUUUGCAGCAUGUUGUCUGCAGCUAUAACUUGAGUAAAAAAUUGCUAAAACACGUGUUCUUAUACAUGGUAUUUACUGAGCAUUUCUGACAUUAAAACCAUUGGUUUUUUUCUUAGUUGAAAUUUAAAUUAGAUUUUCAUAUAUGCUCUGUGAACUCCAUUGUACACUAUAAAAUGAAGCCUAUAAUACUCUUUAAAGCAUUGUUUUUAGAAUUAUGUUACAUAGAACUAAAUUCUAAAUAGCCUCUAUGAAUACAUUAAAUAUAAGACGUAAAUAUCAAAAUUGCUUUUUAAAUUUUAUUUUUAAAUUAUGCAGACAAAAUGACUUCUUAAUUUUGGUACACAGUUCUAUAAAUUUUAACAUAUAGUUUUCUGGAACUACCACCACAAUCAGGAUACAAAGAGUAACAACAUUCUAAAAAACUCCUUGUGUUAUCCCUUUAUAGUCAAGCCUUUCUCCCAUGCUGACCUCUUGCAGCCAUUCUUUUCCAGGACUACAUUUUUGUCUUAUUGAUAAUGUCAUAUAAGUGUAAUUAUAUAGCAUGUAACUUUUUGAGACUGGUUUCUUUCACUCAGUGUAACAUCUUUAAUAUUCACCCAAGUGGUUGGAUAGUUUGUUCCUCUUAUUGCUGAGUAGUAUUCUGUUGCUGGAUAUACCCAGUUUUAUUUAUGCAUUUAUCCACUGAAAGACAUUUAGAGUGUUUUCAGUUUUGUUAAAAUAGAGCUGCAUAUCUUUGUGUACAGUUUUUGUAUGAAUUUAAGGUUUUAUUUCCCUAGGAGUGGGAUUUCUGGGUCAUAUGUAUGUUUAACUUUGUAAUAAAUUUGUAACUUUGU